GAACCUGUUUCGUGUUGUGUCAAUAUACAACGUGUGUGCUCUCAAAAACCUUUGCAAAAGAUCGUGGAAACCAUCAAAAGCCGGGCAUUUUUAAAUGCCGUACAACAAGAAUUGUGCAAUCGUGACUUUAUAAAUACUUAUUGGCAAAUUUGCUUAAAUUUUGUGAACUUCUCAAUUGCGAUUUGAAAGUGUUUCGACCAAAUAUUUAUCAACUGCGUUCGGAAAACAAAAAGAAAACACUUUAACCACCAAAUUUGAAUGGUGCUGCUGCGCGUUAAAAACUCGAAAAUUGCUCAAUACGUGAAUAACGUCUAUUAUAGACUGUACGAACUAAGCAACCUGCAGCUGACACAGCUUUUCUUCUUCUUAAAUAAUCUGAAUUUCAACAUUGUGGACAUGGCCUUGCCACAGGGAGCCUUUGCCGCCUGCAAGAUACGCGAGCAGUUCCAGGAGCGCGAUAUGAUCAUCUCACGUUUGCGAGCCGCCAAUAUUGCUGAUAAGGCUGAUAACAAUGCGCAGCGUGAAUAUUUGCCGGUCAAGUACAAUGACAAGCUAAUGAAUUCGAUCUGGGGUCUGUACAAUCGUUAUUCGCCCCACAAUGUCAAGAAGAACGAGUACGCUCCGCCAAAAUUCUAAAUAAAUCUGGCGGCGCAGCAGCUCCUCUUUGGAGCUGUUGCGCCCCCUUGCUGCCACUAUCCCAUUACCUAUGUACUUGGGGCAUUGGCUUUUGUGCUUGUAGCACUCUCAUGAUCUAUAUAGAGAUAUACCUAUAUAUAUAUAUAUACCCUCCACAUAUAUACUCAACUAUAUACAAAUUUUAACACA